CAUGCCCGAGCCAGUUCCUCGCAGCAAGCCCUUCAUCCUGCCGGACUGCCCUAGCAUUAUCGGCCCUUACGACAAAACCUACGAAAAGCCACGGAGAAGCUUUUGAUGAAAGCUCUUCUCCUAGUUGCCGCCCACGACGAUGCCAUUGAGCAGGGGCCCCCCUCCUCGACGACCCUGGGCGUCAUGUGCGACAAGGCUGGGCUGACUCUCAAGUUCGUUGAAUUUGUCAAAAAGCGGUUCGAUCAGGUCAUUGAGAACUUAGCCAUGAAAGCCCUCCUCGAAGUUACAGAUUUUGAUUCUUCCGACAUCGAUGGCGAAGACGAAGAAGAAGUUCCUCUAGCCAGCGAUGGUGAAGACCCGGUCUCCCUGACUGGCGAGAUUGAAGAGGAACCCCUCCUCACGCCCUCACCUCAAUCCUUGUCGCGGAAGUCUACUCUCUGCCCCGGCGACUCUGUGUCACAGCAGGGCGACCUUGAGAACGAACCCAAGGUCGAGGAGCCAUUCCAACAGGCUUCUACGGAAAAUAUCGUGAGUAAGGAUACUGUCAAUUCCGAAGGUCUUACAAAGUCUGGCGAUGAGCUUCAGCCUGAACGUCUCCGCUCGGACAUCGAGACAUCAGAAUCAACCGUCGAGUUCGAUUACGUUGCGCAGGACGAUGUCAACUUGAAUGACCUCAAGACCCUGGAAAACUUCAACAAUGUUACUACCCAAUCAGUUGAAAUCAUCGACAGCCAGGCAGAGGACAUCCCCAUCUCCGAUGUUUCUUCUGCCGACCUUUCUGCAGUUUUGCACCACGACCAAAAUACCCCGGAGACCGGCGAUGGCUCGAUCGACCACGCAGCAGCGUUCAGGGACGAGGCCGAUGUUGAGACCAAGGAAAGGAAUGAAGACAGCAAGAUCGACAUUGAGCGAUCUACUUCCUCGCUAGAUGCUACUCCAUCCCCAAAGAAGCACGAAAUUUGGACGGCUAAAAGAUAG